AUGAGACCUUUAGUGUUAAUCUCCGCUUUAGUGGCCAUAUGUAGUGCCCGUCCAGAACCACCAACUGGCUACAAUUACCCAGCUCCAAGCACCGGUGGACACAUCAGUGGCGGCUCUAACCCAGGCGGCUUCUCUUCCGGAGGUUCCAUUGGACACGAUGGUGGACACAGCGGAAGUUCCGGAUAUAGCUCUGGUAGCUCCGGUAUAGCUGGAGGAUCUGGAUUCUCCUCAGGCGGUUUUGGAGGUGGUGUCCAAGUACACAAACACGUCUACGUACAUGUUGCUCCAGAAGACCCAGAAGAAAGACAUCAACAAGCUCCAAUCCAAAUAGCCGCUCCACAGAAACACUACAAGAUUAUCUUCAUUAAGGCUCCGUCUGCCCCAACUCCAACCGCUCCAAUCAUCCCAGUCCAACCACAAAACGAAGAGAAGACCCUCGUAUACGUUUUGGUCAAGAAACCAGAAGAACAAGCAGACCUUGUCAUCCCAACCGCCGCUCCAACCCAACCCAGCAAACCAGAAGUAUACUUCAUUAAAUACAAGACCCAAAAGGGCGCUUCUGCUGCUAUCGGUGGAGGAAUCGGGGGCGGUAUUGGCGGUGGUAUCGGAGGCGGAAUUUCCGAUGUCGACAUCAGGUCAUCCAACUUUGGAGGUGGAGUAUCUCUUAGUGGAGGAGUCAGCCACGGAAGCUCCAGCACUUCAUUCACAUCCUCCGGAUCUCAUGGUCCUUCCGGUGUACCUUCGAAAUAUGGAGUACCCGGAGCUCAUGGUUACUAG